AUGUCGCGCACUCAACGGUCGCAGCAGCGCGUCGCUCUCAUGGUCCUGAUGAUAGUCGCCGCCGUGCAGUGUCAGGAGAGCGAGAGUAGACGAGCGGUCACAGAGCAUCAGUUGAUGCACGACCGCGGCCGCUCUAUUCAGAGUCUGAAGAGACUGAUUUGGCUGUCGAGCGCGAUGGAGGGGCUUCACACCGCUCAGACGCGCACAAUGACCACCGACGUUCCGGACAGCAGGUGGCGCUAUCGCAGCCCGGGGCUUCUGCUCUCUCAGCCCGGCAAACAGCAGUGGCCACAAGAGGGCGCUAAAGUUGCUUUUGAGUGA